UUCCGGGAAAAUGCAGAUGGGAAGUUGAUGAAUUAUUUUAAGAGAGUUAAAGUAUUGAUGGAGCAGGUAAAGUCAGAUUAGUCAAUUGUUGUUUGUAUAUUAACGAUUAAAAGAAAGACCAAACAAUUGAGCACAACUCUUUAAGAAAGCCAUGUGCUCAAGGUGUACAAUCAGAACUAGUAAGAAUCCUCUCCAUAUUCAUCUUUGCUCUGAUCUGCCCAGAGCACAAAGGAAUCCUCAUAAAAAGAAAAAUGGCGAAGCCGAAAUUGAUUUCCAUGAAGGGUUUACCAUGUACUGGAAAAACCACUCUAGCCAAGAAGUUAGCAGUGGAAAACGAUUGCUUGCUUGUCGAACUGGAUGACAUCCUCUAUCCAAUUGCCGAUGGCUCCCGAAACACACUAAAAGAUGAAGUCAUCAACGAAAUCUCCUACCAAGUCGCCCGCAAUAUGGUUGCAAAACAUCUAAAGAUGGCUCACAAUGUUCUCCUUGACUGUCCCCUCUCUCAUCAAUCCCAUUUUGAUCUCUUGAGACAAGUAGCAGUACACGCGAAUGCCGAACUUGUGAUUGUUGAAUGCAGACCACAAGAUUUCAAAUGGAAAGAGUGGAUAAAUCAGCGGCAAGGAACCAGUAGCAGCAGUGGUGCUCAAUUCAAGACAGAGACGUGGGAAGAGAUCAAGAAGCUAAAAGGUGAAAGGUAUGGUGAUUACGAGACUGGAAAUAUAAGAAAAGUUAUUGUAGACACUACUAUGCCCAGUUUAAAAGCGUUUGAUGAACUGCUAUCAUCAACUUUGCCAUCUAGAGGCAAAAAUAGCAGGCGAUCACCACGAUCACGAUCACCAUCUCAUAAAAUUAAGAAGGGCGUCCGCAUUAUUGAUAGCAGGUCAAAUAGAGAUAGCGCAAGGAGGUCAAAUAGGGAUGGAGAUCGUAGGACGAAAAGUGGACCAAGGCAAGUGGGAGCCUUGAACCACCAUCAUGUCUUAAACAUCGUUAACCAACCAAGUCAAGAAACAGAUAAAAGAGCAAGUUGCAGUGGCUGCCGGAAAUCCAUCCCAGGUGAUUCAGCCUUUUAUCGCUGCAAUCAGUGCAGGUUUCAGUUACACAAAUCAUGUGCAGAGGCACCGGCUAAUUUGGAGCGUCAACUUGAUGAGAAACUUCCUUUCCUCGACCCAGAGACAAAUGACUAUCGGUUUCCAAAGAAGUAUUGGUGUGGUUCCUCCGAAUGCGAAGAAAAGCAGUUCUCCAAAGAUUGCUUGGGAUGUCUCUUUAAAACCCAACUCAGAUGCGGUUUCUUACCGCCCGUUGUCCCGAACCAUCCGUGCCAUCCAAAACAUCCCCUGCUCCUUCACAUCUUUCGAAGUAGAGACAAUAAAGAUUUCAAGUGUCGUGCUUGCAGCGAAAGAGGUGACUCUGUCUUCUACAAAUGCAAGGCCUGUGAUAUCUAUCUUCACGUUAACUGCACACUUUUACCUCGAAUCGUCAACAGUAAAUGUCACAUGGACACUCUCAGCCUCCUUGAGUCCUCACCAACUGAUGACCCCGAUGCGUAUGAUGAAAUCUAUUGCGAUGCUUGCGAGAAGGAAAGGAAUCCUAACAACUGGAUUUACUACUGUGAAGGUUGCAACUUUGCAACACACUUAGAUUGUGCCUUUACUUACACUGAUUGAGUUUUUGGCUUCCCAGGGUUUCAAUAUUGUUUUCCCAUUCCAAUAAAGUCUUCGAAACUACCCAAGUAUACAUUGUUAAUCAGUUGUGCAGUUGUGCUUCAG